GUAUGAAAUUCUGUGGUGGUUUGCGAGCGAGAUGUGAUUCGGAGUGUUUUUAUUUUUAUUAAUAUUUUGUAUAGCAUACAAAAUUAUACGCGCAUAAACCUAUUUCAACCUUACUUGUUUAUCCUUUUUAUAUAUCUAUUAAAUAAGUGUAAUGUUAAAGUUUAUGUUAAGUGUAAUUAUUAAUUAAAAGUACUCCCGUGUUACUGUGUGAUUUGUUGAUAUCUUUAAGUGUGUGUUAGUUAGAACGAAAAUCAAGUGAAUAUAAAGAAAAAUGGGAGAUAAAGAGGACUAUUUGACAUCGUACCGAUUGUUUUUCGAAAAUUUUGCUGCAAAUGUAAAUCCAGAGGACCAAUUACCUGUGUUUGCUUCUGACUACUCCAUCACGGAGGCAGAAUUGCCUGGCGAUGUUAUUUACUGGACCAUCGAGUAUCUACGAGAGAAAUCAUGUCCGGCGACACUAAUGACUCCGCUGUUGCGGAUAAUACUAGACGAGGUGCGAAUUGCAGCGAAAAAAUAUCCAAAUGACUUUGGUUAUAAUGCUGAUAAGUCAGCAUACAAAGCGAUAUCACUGAUGCAGGCAGUGAUAGCUAGAGUGAACGCUGUAUGUAUGAGGUAUCUGGACAAUUCUCGGUUGGACACACUCCCUCCGCCACCACGGAGCCAAAAGGAGUUUUUGACAGUUUCCGCUGCUUUGCGGAACUCACGACGCGUUAUGGAGGAUCGACACGUUGAAAUUGGGAACUUGGAAGCGUUGUUUGACAUUGAGACAACGGAACACACAAGUUUCUAUGCAGUAUAUGACGGGCACGCGGGUUCGUCCGCGGCGCAGUACUGUGCGGCGCAUUUGCACCAAUAUUUGGUGGAGAGUCAGCACUUCAAGAAAGACUUACGAAAUGCACUACGAGACGCCUUUUUGAAGACAGACUCCGAAUUUAUUAGGAAGAGCAAAGUUGAGCACCGCGUAGUGGGAGGCAGUACAGCAGUUGUGAUUUGUAUUCGUGGAAAGCGGCUUUUGGUGGCAUGGGCCGGCGACUCACUGGCUCUUGUUGCUCAACGUAUGCGUUUAAUGCAGCUGGUACAUCCACAUAAACCAAGCAGAGAGGACGAGAAAAACCGUAUAGAAGCGUCCGGUGGGACCGUGAUGUAUUGGGGCACAUGGCGAGUGAACGGGCAACUCGCCGUCUCUAGGGCGAUCGGUGACGCACAAUACAAGCCAUACGUGAUUGCUCAUCCAGAACAGGCUGCGUUAGACCUGGAUGGUGAUGAAGACUUCCUUGUGAUAGCCUGCGAUGGCCUCUGGGAUGUGGUCAGCGAGGAUGAGGUGGCGUUAGCUGUGUACCGACAGAUCACGGCCAAUCCAGAUGACUUGAAAGCAGUGACAAAGCGUCUGAUACUUCAAGCGAAGCGGGAAGGCUCGGAGGACAAUAUCUCCAUAAUCGUUGUCUUCCUGAAGGACCCCCGAGAUAUUGCCGCCCAGAACUGCCCGCCCAUGGAGCUUGGGCUGGACAACGCGGUGGUGAGCCCACCACUGCGCCCAUUCGAUGUCGACGACAAAGUCAAUACGGUGGCUGAGGCCGCUGGUGGCGAAGACAACGGCGUCUCAGAUAGCGACAGCGAGGAUUUGGGACCUGAAACGGCAGUCGAUGUGGACGCUGAUGAUGGAGAUGUGGAGAUGAGGAACCCAGCACCGCCCACUCCGCCUGCACAUGCUGUGGAGGCGAGCCAAACCGACGGCAAUCUAGUGGAUAAUGUAGCUGAGAGUGGUGAAGACUCUGAGGACGAGUGGAAUUACUUCAAAGGUGAAGGUGAACCUGAACAGAAUCCUAGUGAAGAAGCAGACGAGGCACCCCGAUCAGAGACUCCCUGUCAAGACAAUUCAGCGUGGGAGAGUAGUUCUGUAGACAUGAAUAGUUCACCUUUGAACCCUGAUGCCCCGGUGUUUGUCCCGGGUGGAGUGGCUGGUUCUGAUGUCUUGCUGGCUGAGUCUCCACGUAAGCCUUUACCCAUGGAGGACAUUAUAGUUCCUGAUUGCAAGCAGUUUGAGACUGAAGCUGGUGGAAGACCAGCAGAGUUACAAGACUUGGAUAAUUGUGAUCAGUUGAAUGGUCACCAUAAUAUUUCAAUUGAAGGUGUUACUGCACAUCUAAAUGGGAAUACAAAAUGUGAUAUGGAGAGUUUUGAAUUUAAUGGACUCGAGUCUGAAAAAAUAAAGGAUUCAAGUCUUAUCCAAGAGUUUGAAAGGAUACAAAAGGAUACUACAGACUUCUGCAAUAUACAAGUAUUUCAAACACAAAGUGAAACCAAUCCUUUCAGCAUAGAUGGCAAUAAUGAUCUUUUUGAAAGGCUUAAAAAUAAGGAAAGAGAUCCCAUGAGCAUGAGCUUUUACCAGGAGAAGGAUGAUGACACAUGUGAAAGAUUCUCCAAACUAGAAUCACAAGUUGAUCUUAAUUCAGUUCAACCACUACCAGAUAGUGAUGAUGAAGACAUAGAACAAAAUGGAGGUUGUCAACAUGGUGUAGAAGAUAAAGAAAACAUUCAUCCAGAGCAACACAACAAUUUAUUUUCACUCAUUAACAAUGACAUGGAACCUAACAAUGAUAUAUUAAGAUUUGAUGAUAGAAAUGAUAUUACAGAAAAUAAUCUUGAUGAAAAUGUAGAAUGCCAUGUUGAAUGUAACAAUAUGCAAAACUAUUCCAACAUUGAUUUUGAAUGUAGCAAUCAGGAGAAUGUCAUACCAACAGACACUCCUGAAUCUCAUAAAUUACUUUUCGAACAAAUUCCCGAAAUUCCUGAUGGUAAAAGUUCAGAAUUAGGUUUUAGUAAUGAUGAUCUGUUAGAUCCAUCUGAAAGUGAAAAAGAUAAUAUAACACCACAAGAUUUGUCUCAAGAUGAUGAAAUGGAAAUGAACCAGGAAGAUACUGAAAUGCAAAAUGAUAUUCCAUUUGAAGCCAAUGAACAUAUGCAAACAUUUAUUGAGCAUUCAGCAGAUAUCAUUGAAAAAGAAAGUGAAUUUGUGUCUGAAUUAGAGUCUGAUAAGCUCACACCAGAACCAACAGAUACAACCGAUUUCAAUAGAUUGAACUCUGAAGGAAUUGAAAACAAUAUAAUUGUAGAUGUCCAUCAGUCUGAAAAAGAUGCGGAUGAGUUUGAGACUGAAAAUAAACCAUGUGAUAGUAAUGAUUUAGUUGGUAAUAAAGAGGACACCCCAAAAAUUUCUCUAGAUAGUGGUGUAAUCCCAAUAUCUGAUACAUUAUCAACAAAAACUCCAGAGCCCGUAGAUUUUAUAUCACAAUCUCCACUUCCAGAGUCUGAUCAAAAUGAUACAAAUCUAACACAAAAGGAAGAUUCGUUACCACGACAGUCGCCAUUCCUAGACGAUGUACUAUGCAACUCGCCAGAACCUUCUGAAGCAGUCUCUGAUGGCCUAAUGUUUGGUUAUUCAUCUGUUAUUGCACAAUCACCUCUACCUUCACAAUCACCACUCGUUCCUGAGGAAACACAUUCGCCCAUUCCACCCCAGGAUAUACCGCUGGUUCCUGCCGAAGUACCUUUACCAAGAGAGUCACCGGCUCCUUCUGAAUCGUCACUUAUGGAUGAGCCUGAACACCAAUCACCCCUUCCAGUUGAUAACUCAACUCUCCAACCAUUAGACGAGCCAGUUCAAGAAGAUUUGCCCCAAGAAACCAGUGCUCUAGAAAGUGAAUUUUCGCUCCAGGAAUUAGGUCCUACCAAGUCUCCUGAACCACUUAUGGAAACAGUUUCAAAGGAAUCUUUACCGACUGAGUCUCCUCUCCCUGUUGAGGAAUCUGUUCUUGAAGACACCCUUACAAUGAAUGAAAAUAUUACACCUAGACACUCACCUUUCCCAGUGGAUGAUUUUGUUGCAAGGGAGUCUCCAUUGCUGGCACAAAAGGAAUCUUUAGAAGACAUGUUAACAACAGAAUCACCGGUUCCUGUACAGGAAUCCGUAGUAGCAGAAUCACCUUUACCUGAUCAGGAAUCAAUGGCAUCAGAUUCACCCAUUCCUGUUCCGGAAGCAGUAGUGAGAGAAUCCCCAGCUCCUUCACAGGAAUUGGAUGCAAGAGAAUCCCCUGUUCCUUCACAGGAAUUGAAAGUAAAAGAAUCCCCAGCUCCUUCACAGGAAUUGGAAGCAAGAGAAUCCCCUGCUCCUUCACAGGAAUUGGAAGCAAGAGAAUCACACGUUCCAUUACAAGAAUUGGAAGCAAGAGAAUCACCUGUUCCAUUACAAGAAUUGGAAGCAAGAGAAUCACACGUUCCAUUACAAGAAUUGGAAGCAAGAGAAUCACCUGUUCCAUUACAAGAAUUGGAAGCAAGAGAAUCACCCAUUCCAGUACAGGAAUCAGUUGGAAUAGAAUCACCCGUUCUCGUACAGGAAUCCAUAGCGAGAGAAUCAUCUGUUCCGCUACAGGAGGAAUCAGUAGCACGAGAAUCACCCAUUCUUUUGCAGGAACCGGAAGCAAGAGAGUCUCCUAUUCCAGAAGAGCGGCUUCCCGUAAAAUCAUCUCUACCUGAUAUAAGUGAUUCAAUACCGCAAGAUGUGCCCGUGGCGUCUCUAGAAGAUUCGGUAUUACCAAACGAUGUGGUACAAAACGAUUUACUCGUAGAAAGUUGCGUCGUGGUCGCCGGCGAGAUUCCGAACCACGAGGAGCAAAUUCGACCUGCGACGACUCCGCCACCCACGCCGGCAAUCCUGACCGACCAAACGCAGAGCGACGCACCCAUCGAGGCCCCAGUCGACCCGUUCGCGGCUACAGCUUUAGCCGGCGCAGUCGCUGCCGCCGCCGCUGCGGCCACCGCUUCCGUAACGUCGUCUAAAACCGCUGUCAAGAAACCUUCUCUCACCCCCACCGCUCGGCCGAAAACCGCCCCCAAAACACCCGCUAAGUCACCCGCCGCGGCGACCAAGCGACCGGUUUCUUCCACGACUCCACGAGCGACGGCGCCGAAGGCUCCCACCCCCGCCCCCGCUAAACCUUCCCCCAAGCCCUCUUCCCCGACGAAAGCCAACAAACCGCUCGCCCCGGCCGCCGCUAAGGCCGCACCUCGACCUGCUACGGCUCGAAUGGCGACUAAGGCGCCCGCGCCUAAGCCGCCCACCGCCGCCAAAACGACCUCGGCCGCUCCUAAACCCCCGAGUGCGGCUGCCAAACCCCUCAGUGCGACUCCGAGAGUUCCGGCCUCAAAACCAGCCCCGCGACCCGCUACGGCUAAACCCGCCGCACCCGCUACUAAACCGCCCCCAAUCACCAGACCCCCGCCCAUUUCGGCGAAAACUAUCACCAAAGCUACUACCGCAACAAAAACAACUGUCGCGGCUGCUAAGCCCAAAGCACCAGAGAAAAAACAGUUGACGAACGGUGACGUGAAACCAGCGGCCAAACCAGUUCCAAAAGCCGCGCCCGCUUCUCGUCCCGCGCCACGCCCCGCUCCGCGAGUGCCUGCCGCUGCUCCCGCUAAGCCCGCAGCAGCAAAACCAACACGUACAUUACUCGAUAAACAGAGUAAAGAUCUCGCCAACAAACGCAUCACAGCUAAGACUGCUCCACCCAGGACUGCACCCGCUAAGAGCACCGUGGCAAGCAAAACAGCAGUGAAGAGCGUAACCAAGAAGGAGCUCGCCAAGCCCGAGAUAAUCCCGAACGGAAUAAACGGCUCCGAGGAAGUGUGCAAGCCUCCCUCCAGCCCGCCCAUGGACAACGCGCUGUUGCCGGAUGUCAUCGCGUGAAUUUAUUCCUAAUUCCUUAAUCGCUUCAAUUUUGUGAUUUUUCUAUAAGUGUAUAGAUAAGGACGCGUUAGGUGCGUCACCGAGUGGCGCACGACUUAUUUUAGUGGCUUCACAGUAUGUAUAGUCAAAUAGUCACGCAAGCAGGGCUCGGACGUCGUCAAUCCCGUUCAUUUCUGCUACGACGUCUAGACUGACGAUAACGAAUGAGUUAUGAAGUACAUUGUGUAACUGCUUGAAGGUAUCGACUGUGCUCAUGUAAAUAUGUAGUCUUUGCAUUAUAAGAAUGAUUGUUUGUUAAAUUUUUUAUUUUGGAUAAUUUUAUGUAAUGCUGUUUAGUUUCAGUCCUUGUGAAGUGCGCAAUCCUACAAUGCAAAGACUGCAUCGCGAUACAUUUAUCCAUUACGAAUAGGUUUUAUAUUUCUGACGAACAUUUUUAAUUUAUUUGAAUUAUUUAAUAAAAUCGUAAAGGACUGAAA